CUAGCGUCGAGGAGAGUUGACGAGGGAGAGGAUCAACGCGCGUAAAAGAACAUGGGUUUGGGCCUGAUCCACUGAUUUCCCCGCGUCCCAAACUUUUUAGAGAAGCCAGCCCUGUGGAGAUGAGCGGCAGCUAUCUACCUAAUAAGAGCAAGGGUGCGGGAUCCCGCGCUUGGCUUGGAGUGUGGUACACAGACCUGCCAAGGGACUCUCGAACCAACUGGUCGACCUGAGGCAGGGCAAGGGGGGUUGCAUUGCUGGGCUUGUCAAAGUGAAGAUGUCCUUUUCGAACUCCAUUUCUACCAUCUUCACCCCCCACUACGAUGACUGCUUUGUUUCUCGUCGCCAUCGACCGCGAUCCCUAAAGCCAUGGCGGCCUUCAACGACAGUACCCAGCUCAUCAACAUCUUCGGGUUUCCUACCUACGACAACUUCAGCGAGCGCGUUCCUUUCACAAACACACCGGGAUGCUUGAUAGGCUUCACAGUAACUUUCCUGGCAUUAUCAUGGUUAUUCGUCUUGCCCAGGCUCUAUGUCCGGUUGAGGGUGGUGCGGAUGCCGGGUUUGGAUGAUCUCUUCGUGUUUCUCUACCUCAUUUUCACCUCGGUAGCCUCCAUCGUGUUCCUCACCUCAAUACACUAUGGCGAGGGCCAACACUUCCUGCUUCUUACCGUUGGGGAUGUCCGGAUGUAUCUGAAGCUAUUUUACGCCCUCAACAUCAAUCUGAACCUUGCGGCGGCAUUCAUCAAGCUCAGCCUACUCUUCCAGUUCCUCCGGGUCUUCGACAGAGGCACCUGGCCACACCGCGCGAGCGUUGGUGGCAUCGUCUUCGUCUCUCUUUGGGGCAUCACCUUCGUGAUACUGGCCGUUUUCCCCUGCACCGUUAUCCCAGACGCGUGGAAUAUCUUUGCCAGGGAUGCCCACUGCUGGGGCUAUGGAUCCCAGGAUCCAGACUUGUUUACAGCAACGUUUGUUUCGCAUAACCUGAUCAAUACCCUCCUCGACAUCUACAUCACCGCCAUACCCUUCCAGCUGUAUACUCGGCCCGACGUGACACUUCGGACGCGCCUGGGCCUGAUGGUGCUGCUGCUGAUGGGGGCAACCGUUGUCACUCUAUCUGCCUGGCGCGUGUCGGAAACCAUCUACUACAAGACGGGCUGGUACCCGACGCACGACCCCACCUGGUACGGCCCCCUGAGCAUCCUACUCAUGGUCCUCGAGAUCAACGUGGCCUCCAUCUGCGCGUCGGUGCCAAUCUUCUGGCCCGUGCUCCGCCCCUACCUGGGCGCCAUCUUCGUGACGCGCGAGUUCAGCGUCACGACCGAGCGCCGCGAGGCGAGCGUCUCGUCGCACCAGCGGCUCGGCAGCGAGGCCGACCUGAACGCGCACUACAAGGACGAUUACAUCAUGGAUCUCGUGGGUCCCUUCAACUCCAAGGACGGGCAGAGUCGGGUCAAGAUUGAGAAUGGGGGGAAGAAGGCGAAGAAGGAGAGGGGGCGGCCACGUGUAUAG